GCUCGAAAAGUUGCAAUGGUCGUUUUAAGUUGUUUUAUUUGGCUUGCCCUUUACCAAUCUGGAAAUACAGCGCUGGAGGGUAGUGAAAUUAAGUUUGGGGACGAAUCAGCUACAGAAUCGGCGGAAAAAUAUCCUGAUUACUGCUGGAUAGAUCCUUUUCUCCCGGGCUGUCCAUUUGGUCCGGGUGAUGGCACCACUAGGACUUCAGCGCCGGCAACAAAAAAGUCAACAACCGUCACAACCACAAUUAAAUCCACAACCCAACAGACAACUACUGCAAGGACUACUAACGAGCCAACCACUGAAAAUACAAAUACUCCAAAGACAAGCACUAUUAAAUCAACAGCAGAGCCAGCCACUGAUAAAACACCAACGCUGAAGACCACCACAAAAAAAUCGACAGCAGAGCCAACCCAAAAGACAACUACCGAAAAGACUACUAACGAGCCAACCACUGAGAAAAUAACAACUCCAAAGGCAACCACUAUUCAAUCGACAGCAAAACCAACAACACAAAAGACAACUACUGAAAGGACUACCAACGAGCCAACCACUGAGAAAAUAACAACUCCAAAGGCAACCACUAUUAAAUCGACAGCACAGCCAACAACCCAAAAGACAACGACUAAAGCCACAACAACAGAGCCAACAACUGAAAAAACAACAACGCUUAAGACCACCACAAAUAAAUCGACAGCAGAGCCAACCCAAAAGACGACUACCGAAAAGACUACUAACGAGCCAACCACUGAGAAAAUAACAACUCCAAAGGCAACCACUAUUCAAUCGACAGCAGAACCAACAACACAAAAGACAACUACUGAAAAGACUACCAACGAGCCAACCACUGAGAAAAUAACAACUACAAAGGCAACCACUGUUAAAUCGACAGCAGAACCAACAACACAAAAGACAACUACCGAAAAGACUACCAACGAGCCAACCACUGAGAAAAUAACAACUCCAAAGGCAACCACUAUUAAAUCGACAGCACAGCCAACAACCCAAAAGAGAACGACUAAAACCACAACAACAGAGCCAACAACUGAAAAAACAACAACGCUGAAGACCACCACAAAUAAAUCGACAGCACAGACAACAACACAAAAGGUAACGACAGAAAAGACCACAACAGAGCCAACAAGUGAGAAAACAACAACGCUGAAGACCACCACAAAAAAAUCGACAGCAGAGCCAACCCAAAAGACGACUACCGAAAAGACUACUAACGAGCCAACCACUGAGAAAAUAACAACUCCAAAGGCAUCCACUAUUAAAUCGACAGCACAGCCAACAACCCAAAAGACUACGACUAAAGCCACAACAACAGAACCAACAACUGAAAAAACAACAACGCUUAAGACCACCACAAAUAAAUCGACAGCAGAGCCAACCCAAAAGACGACUACCGAAAAGACUACUAACGAGCCGACCACUGAGAAAAUAACAACUCCAAAGGCAACCACUAUUCAAUCGACAGCAGAACCAACAACACAAAAGACAACUACUGAAAAGACUACCAACGAGCCAACCACUGAGAAAAUAACAACUCCAAAGGCAUCCACUAUUAAAUCGACAGCACAGCCAACAACCCAAAAGACAACGACUAAAGCCACAACAACAGAGCCAACAACUGAAAAAACAACAACGCUGAAGACCACCACAAAUAAAUGGACAGCACAGACAACAACCCAAAAGACAACGACUGAAAAGGCAAAAACAGAGCCAACAACUGAGAAAACAACAACGCUGAAGACCACCACAAAUAAAUCGACAGCACAGACAACAACCCAAAAGACGACUACCGAAAAAACUACUAACGAGCCAACCACUGAGAAAAUAACAACUCCAAAGGAAACCACUAUUAAAACGACAGCACAGCCAACAACCGAAAAGACAACGACUAAAGCCACAAGAACAGAACCAACAACUGAAAAAACAACAACGCUGAAGACCACCACAAAUAAAUCGACAGCACAGACAACAACCCAAAAGACAACGACUGAAAAGGCAAAAACAGAGCCAACAACUGAGAAAACAACAACGCUGAAGACCACCACAAAUAAAUCAACAGCAAAGCCAACAACCCAAAAGACAACGACUAAAGCCACAACAACAGAGCCAACAACUGAAAAAACAACAUCGCUGAAGACCACCACAAAUAAAUCGACAGCACAGCCAACAACCCAAAAGACAACGACUAAAACUACUACAACAAAGCCAACAACUGAAAAAACAACAACGUUGAAGACCACCACGACUAAAUCGACAUCUGAGCCAAUAACAACCCUGAAGACAACCACCAUUAAAUCGACUGCAGAGACAAAAAAGACGACGCAUGAACCCACAACUCAGAAACCAACAACUGUAAGGACUACCGAAGAACCAACUACUCGCAAAACAUCAACCAUAAAGACUACUAGAGAGCCAACUACAAAAAGGGUAACUACUGAAAGGACAACUCGGGAGCCAACCACUCGUAAGACAACCACAACAACAGAGCCAAAAACUGAAAAAACAACAUCGCUGAAGACCACCACAAAUAAAUCGACAGCACAGACAACAACCCAAAAGGCAACGACUGAAAAGGCCACAACAGAGCCAACAACUGAGAAAACAACAACGCUGAAGACCACCACAAAUAAAUCGACAGCAGAGCCAACAACCCAAAAGACAACUACCGAAAAGACUACUAACGAGCCAACCACUGAGAAAAUUACAACUCCAAAGGCAACCACUAUUCAAUCGACAGCAGAACCAACAACACAAACGACAACUACUGAAAAGACUACCAACGAGCCAACCACUGAGAAAAUAACAACUCCAAAGGCAACCACUAUUAAAUCGACAGCACAGCCAACAACCCAAAAGACAACGACUAAAGCCACAACAACAGAGCCAACAACUGAAAAAACAACAACGCUUAAGACCACCACAAAUAAAUCGACAGCAGAGCCAACCCAAAAGACGACUACCGAAAAGACUACUAACGAGCCAACCACUGAGAAAAUAACAACUCCAAAGGCAACCACUAUUAAAUCGACAGCACAGCCAACAACCCAAAAGACAACGACUAAAGCCACAACAACAGAGCCAACAACUGAAAAAACAACAACGCUUAAGACCACCACAAAUAAAUCGACAGCAGAGCCAACCCAAAAGACGACUACCGAAAAGACUACUAACGAGCCAACCACUGAGAAAAUAACAACUCCAAAGGCAACAACUAUUCAAUCGACAGCAGAACCAACAACACAAAAGACAACUACUGAAAAGACUACCAACGAGCCAACCACUGAGAAAAUAACAACUCCAAAGGCAUCCACUAUUAAAUCGACAGCACAGCCAACAACCCAAAAGACAACGACUAAAGCCACAACAACAGAGCCAACAACUGAAAAAACACCAACGCUGAAGACCACCACAAAUAAAUCGACAGCACAGACAACAACCCAAAAGGCAACGACUAAAGCCACAACAACAGAGCCAACAACUGAAAAAACAACAUCGCUGAACACCACCACAAAUAAAUCGACAGCACAGCCAACAACCCAAAAGACAACGACUAAAACUACUACAACAAAGCCAACAACUGAAAAAACAACAACACUGAAGACCACCACGAUUAAAUCGACAUCUGAGCCAAUAACAACCCUGAAGACAACCACCAUUAAAUCGACUGCAGAGACAAAAAAGACGACGCAUGAACCCACAACUCAGAAAUCAACAACUGUAAGGACUACCGAAGAACCAACUACUCGCAAAACAUCAACCAUAAAGACUACUAGAGAGCCAACUACAAAAAGGGUAACUACUGAAAGGACAACUCGGGAGCCAACCACUCGUAAGACAACCACAACAACAGAGCCAAAAACUGAAAAAACAACAUCGCUGAAGACCACCACAAAUAAAUCGACAGCACAGACAACAACCCAAAAGGCAACGACUGAAAAGGCCACAACAGAGCCAACAACUGAGAAAACAACAACGCUGAAGACCACCACAAAUAAAUCGACAGCAGAGCCAACAACCCAAAAGACAACUACCGAAAAGACUACUAACGAGCCAACCACUGAGAAAAUUACAACUCCAAAGGCAACCACUAUUCAAUCGACAGCAGAACCAACAACACAAACGACAACUACUGAAAAGACUACCAACGAGCCAACCACUGAGAAAAUAACAACUCCAAAGGCAACCACUAUUAAAUCGACAGCACAGCCAACAACCCAAAAGACAACGACUAAAGCCACAACAACAGAGCCAACAACUGAAAAAACAACAACGCUUAAGACCACCACAAAUAAAUCGACAGCAGAGCCAACGCAAAAGACGACUACCGAAAAGACUACUAACGAGCCAACCACUGAGAAAAUAACAACUCCAAAGGCAACCACUAUUCAAUCGACAGCAGAACCAACAACACAAAAGACAACUACUGAAAAGACUACCAACGAGCCAACCACUGAGAAAAUAACAACUACAAAGGCAACCACUGUUAAAUCGACAGCAGAACCAACAACACAAAAGACAACUACCGAAAAGACUACCAACGAGCCGACCACUGAAAAAAUAACAACUCCAAAGGCAACCACUAUUAAAUCGACAGCACAGCCAACAACCCAAAAGACAACGACUAAAGCCACAACAACAGAGCCAACAACUAAAAAAACACCAACGCUGAAGACCACCACAAAUAAAUCGACAGCAGAGCCAACAACACAAAAGACAACUACCGAAAAGCCUACUAACGAGCCAACCACUGAGAAAAUAACAACUCCAAAGGCAUCCACUAUUAAAACGACAGCACAGCCAACAACCGAAAAGACAACGACUAAAACCACAACAACAGAGCCAACAACUGAAAAAACAACAACGCUGAAGACCACCACUAUUAAAUCGACAGCAGAGCCAACAACCCAUAUGCCAACUACUGCAAGGGCAACGAAAGAACCAAAAACUGAGCAAACAACUUUGAGGACCACCACGAUUAAAUCGACAUCUGAGCCAAUAACAACCCUGAAGACAACCACCAUUAAAUCGACAGCAGAGACAAAAAAGACGACGCAUGAACCCACAACUCAAAAAUCAACAACUUUAAAGACUACUGAAGAACCAACAACUCGCAAGACAUCUACCACAAAGACUACAAGAGAGCCAACUACAAAGAGGGUAACAACUGAAAGGACAACUCGGGAGCCAACCACUCGUAAGACAACAACCCAUAAGACAACAGCAGAACCAACGACCAAGAAGACAACAACUAAGAAGACGACGCAUGAACCCACAACUCAGAAAUCAACAACUGUAAGGACUACCGAAGAAGCAACUACUCGCAAAACAUCAACCAUAAAGACUACUAGAGAGCCAACUACAAAAAGGGUAACUACUGAAAGGACAACUCGGGAGCCAACCACUCGCAAUACAACAACCCAUAAGACUACAGUCGAACCAACGACCAAGAAGACAACAACUAAGAAGACGACGCAUGAACCCACAACUAAGAAAUCAACAACUGUAAGGACUACCGAAGAACCAACUACUCGCAAAACAUCAACCAUAAAGACUACUAGAGAGCCAACUACAAAGAGGGUAACAACUGAAAGGACAACUCGGGAGCCAACCACUCGCAAGACAACAACCCACAAGACAACAGCUGAACCAACGACCAAGAAGACAACAACUAAGAAGACGACGUAUGAACCCACAACUAAGAAAUCAACUACUUUUAAGACUACCGAAGAACCAACUUCUCGCAAGACAUCUACCACAAAGACUACCAUAGAGCCAACUACAAAGAGGGUAACAACUGAAAGGACAACUCAGGAGCCAACCACUCGGGAGCCAACCACAUCAGUAAAGACAACAGCAGAACAAACAACAAAAAGGACGACAGCUGAAAUGAUUACAACAACUCAGGAACCAACAUCCGUAGAAACUACUACCGAUUCUUCGAAUCAGAGCAAUACGACCACAGAAUUAACCACCACCGAAAAGCAACAUGUUCACCACCACCAUCACCAUAUUCAUUAUCACAAGCCCGCUGAUCCCGGUUCAUCAUUUCUUCCACUUCCUGAUCUUCCUCCUCUGCCGUUGCCGCUGCCCUGGCCACCACUGCCACUUCCUGAAUUCCCUCUACCUUUGCCUCCUUUACCACCAGCGUUGCCCCCGCUGCCCCCACUACCCGCACUACCCGCACUACCCCCCCUACCCGCACUACCUCCUUUGCCAGAAGUAAAUUUAACAUCAAUAUCCUUACCAGAAAUUUCCCUUCCUAAUCUGCCACCACUACCACAAUUGCCGAAACCUUUUCCAAACUUCUUUUGGGGUCGUUAAAAAUAAAAAUAUACAAAUUAAUU